AUGCGCUGGAGAUCAGGUUUCAAACUUCUCACUCCGAUAUAUUCUCGCCAUCGCCUGUUGUAUAUAGACAUGACGCAACAAAAGCCAGAAAUGCCUUCUGGUGUCGACCAACAGCCAUCUCCUGGUCCAAGCUACAUGGGCUCAUCCCCUGCAUCCUUCGACUAUGUUGAGGAACAGUUUGGCGGAGGUCGUCGAUAUGAAGCACCGCCUGCCGAGUUGACUCCCUCACGGCUGAGGACCAGACUCAAGGCCACAGUGCGGGACGUCGGUAUUGUCAAGGACGCCUCUGCCCGACGCCAGGCCUAUCAAAAUACCUCUAACGACGUUCAGCUUUCCGUUGGUCCAUUCCACCACGUGGUGCAGGACGGUGCUUCAACUUCAACAAGCGAUACGUCAUCGCUUACGCUGAACGUGGCUUACAGUCGGCACAACUCACCCUUUCCUCCACUACAAGGUCCUGCACAACUGCAGGAUUUGUUUUACGGCCCUAUGGACCAGCAGUCUCCUUGGAUGCAGCAAAACCCAUCUGGCAUGGCUGGAGCGGGCGACAAGUCGCUGUGGCCUGCACCGUCUGUGACCAACGUGCAAGACGGUAAAACUACCAAUGCGCAGAACACAACCCACCUUGCACCUCUGCCUUCACACACGCCUUUUCAUUUUCCCGCCAGUUCAUCUGGUCAGCCUCUCAUGUCUCGCGGAUGUUCGCUGGAUCCAGCAGGCCAACCGUCUUCGGGAUUGAUGCAGAACUCACCAUUCACCCUGCAUCCUGCACCAUAUGUACCGCCUCAAGAUCAUGCCCAUCCUAUUCCAGCCACAAACAUCAUCCCGCCAACACCACUCAAGGAUGGUGGCGGUAAGACUCCUGGUGCCUCUGCUUCCACUGAUAAUGCACUCCUUGCCUCGACAAGAGAUCCUAGUCCAAAGUUGGACCUAGGUCACUAUUCUCCGGCCACCACCUACCGCGUUCGGUUCCCUGAAGAGAGUGAGCCGAGAAUGCACCAGGAGGAUCAAGCGGUAACUGGCCGCAGGUCAGCAGAUAUGAACGCAGCACUCGACACUGGGUUUGUGGGCAUUGAGCGUCACUUUCUUGAGCUUGCAGCGUCCACCGCCCUCCCCAUGACUCAACUAAUCAAUUUAUACCUGAAGUCUCGAGGACGCAGUGUGAACGGCACUAAUUACUGGAAUCUGUACGCCAAUUACUUCAAGGACCACUUGCAGGAGGAGCUCGGCCGCUGUGAAAAAGAGAAAUCAGAAGGCAGUGGGACACCUAGUGCAACAUUGCGAAGAAAAUGCUACGAGAAAUUCAAGGACACCUUUCCCGACACCUAUCAAGACAUCCUAUCGAAGCAUGAGGAAGUAGCUCUCCUGAGCUCGUCUCCCCAAACUAUUGCCCAGCGCGGACAAGCAUUCCAAAAACACUAUCGGAGUGUGACGAGCAUCCUCGAGUCCGGCUCCGCUAGAUUUGGAUUUGAAGCAGCCGUUGUAUUAUGUGGUAAAGUGGUUAAUGAAGACGGUUCGCUUGUAACUCGUAGUUCUGGGAAAUGCGAUGGUGCCAGCGAUGACAUGAUCAUCGGUCAUUUAAAGGCCCACGUGUAUAACACCACAUCGCUAUCUGCAGUUGAUGAUGCCUUUCCAGAAACCGGGGACGAUAGCCAUCAAAAACAGACACCGACCGUUACCCACGACAUAGACCAGGCUUCUGAUGUUGUGGAGGGAGGACGGGAGGAUAACUUGAAAUUCGUGAAGCAGGAAAUCACCAGGCAAGCUGCCAAAUUUGGCUGCAAAAUACACGGCGGAAAGAUUUUCCCUUGGAAGCUCAUGCCAGCCGCACUCGUGGAAGCCAAUCUCAGCAUCCAAGGAUAUCCUGCACACAAGUGCCUAUUUCCCGGUGAAGCUCACAGUAAACAUGCAUUAAACAAAGGCAUUGGGGCGCUGAUGUAUAAGGAGAUCGCUGCGCUUGUCGAUUCGUUGAAGGCAGGCACUAUGCGCAUCAUCAAAUUUCCCGACGACGAUCGAGCGGCUGCAAUAGCUUCAGAGAAGCCCAUAAUCGAGGGCGAGGCACCUCCUUCUGAAUGGCCCCAUCAUGGCGCGCGACGGUUGUUCCUUGACGGCCAUACUGAUCACAAUGGUCUUCGUCGCCUCAAGCCCAGCACAGCAACUACGAAGGUCAAGAAGGGUGUUAAAGCACCCAAGCACCCUAUACCACCCUCCGAAGAUGAACCCUCUGAUGAUGAAUCAUUGGAGGGUGUAAGUGUCAAUGAUGCAGUUGGAACUUCUGCGCUCGAGCCCCUACCUCAAGUGAACGUGCGAAAGCCUAACUACAAAAUGCGAGUCGAAGUUGUACCUCCACCCUCACGCCCUUUCAAGGUUGUUCGACUUCCUUUACCACUGCCGCGUCCUUCCAAAGCCGUUCCCAUGCCAUCUGGAACUCCGAGUGAGGUUAUCGAAGUUACGUCUACCGAAGAGAAUCCUGUGGGAGAGCCCGACUCUGAGUAUGAAGAAGCAGGACGUGGAAAGAAGAGGAAGCUCAAGUCCGCGAAUACAUCGCGUGCGUCAAAGAAGAUUGCCCCGUCGAUUGAAAAGACUAACGCUUCAAAAGUGGGGAAGAAAGUUGGGCGAGGUAAGAAUAAUGUGCAAUCCAAGGCACCUCCGCCUCCCUUGCCAACCUCAACUACUUUCCCUGCGAAAGGCGGUCCACUAUCCCCAUUAACAGUGGGAUCGUCGACCGAUGGACCUCCAUCACCAGAACAUAUUAAUGCUGGUAAAGCAAUGCGCCUUCGAGACGGACCUUCUGAUGAGUCUAAAAAGGAACAUGUUAAACCACGCCCAGUCACCAAGGGCUCUCGGGUGGUGAUGAAUCGUGGCCUGCGUAUGGUGUACGGGAACUCGGACUCUGAGUCUGACGUCGACAACAGCGUGAAGGCUAAUUCUGCAACCACAACGGGCGUCAUCCCCGAAGCCACUGGUUCAGCUAACAUCCAGUCUGAUCCUUUGGAGGAGAAGUCUGCACAGACGAAGGAUGAAGUAGUAGGAGAUAAGGAAGAACUACCCCCAACCGCCCCAUUGAAUGCAGCGGCCCCCAAUAUUCCCGACCAGCAGCCUCUUCGUGACUCCAACCACCCUCGUCCCCUCACUCCUCACAAGACUCAGGACGAGCGUCCACAUGAUAACCUCCCCCAUGAUGCCCCUCGUGACAGCCCACUGCGCAACGCUCUCCAUGACCCUCCACGCGACCUUGUCCGUGACCCUCGAGAUGAUCAUGACCCUCCACGCGCUCCACGCGACCUUGUCCGUGACCCUCGAGAUGAUCACGACCCUCCACGCGACCUUGUCCGUGACCCUCGAGAUGAUCAUGAGCCUCUCCGUGACCCUCGAGAUGGUCGUGAGCCUCCCCGUCACCCUCGAGAUGGUCGUGAACCUCAUGAAGAUGCUCGAAGUGCUGUUCGCGACCCUACACGCAACCAUCAUGAGGCCGUACGUGACCCUCGUGAUGGCCUUCGCAAUCCUUGGGAUGUUGAUCCUCGUUAUCCUUACACCCGAGGGUACUCCCAUGAACCUGCGCGUGGCCUCGACCGUGGCACUCUUCACCCCCGUGACGCAUUCUACCAUCGCAAUCCCCGCUAUGGUCCACCUCAAGAUCCUUAUGGAUCUGGCGAUAUUCGUAUGGAAAGUGACUUGAAUACUCGAGACAGCUCACCUGUGUCCGAUUUUCAUGGUAACUAUGGUCCUAGUGAGCGCGAACGUGCCUACCCGACCCGGUACGGUCCUGGGGGUGACUUAGGCUAUACUCAUGAAGGUGGAUACAGGUCCCGGCACAAUGACCUCGAUGAGCGUGGGCAAUCACUAUCUCCCUAUCAUAGUCGUCGAGUUGGUGGAGGGAGUUACCGCGAGGAAGGAUACCCUCAAGGCCCCGGUAGGAGAUUUCAGGAUUCGAGAUGGGAUGAAGGUGCUCAUUUGGACUAUGAUGCUAUACCACGAGCAUUCCGUCGCGAUCUGCCCAAUCCCCCAAGGCCUCCUCCCGCUACUUAA